AUGGCGACUCUCCCUGCGCAGCACCCCUCGCUGGCCAUACACAUGACAGACAGGGCCACCACCCCUCUGAUAUCAUCCGCCUCCUCCUCUACUUCCUCGACAUCCCCCUCCUCCUCCUCCUCAAAGCCACAAGCACAACAAGAACCACACCACUCAAAACAACAGAGAAAACGACACCCAACAACCUUCUCAACCUCCCCGCCCUCAUCCGCCUCGCCCUCCUCCUCCACCCCUUCCUCAGCCGACGAAGACGACGAAGACGAGCCGCCCUCCCCGCGCUCAAGGCAGGCCGAAGCCCUGACAUCCCUCUCCGCCACCGCCCUCCUCUCCUACGACGCUGCCAAGCGCAUCGGCCGCGGCGCCCCGCUGCGCACAAUGGUCGAGUACCCGGAUGGCGGUCCCGUGGUCCUGCACAGCUACAUGUGCCCCAUGGGCCUCGCCCUCGGCGUCCCGGGCCGCAACACGAGCAACACGAGCCUGCACACCGCCGCCGGCGCGGUCGGGUCGGCGCAGGGGUCCGUCAACGGCGGGGAUGACCGCGACGGCGACGGUGAUGACGCGGGAGGGGGCGGGGGUGGUGGUCGAGGAGGAAGUGCUUCAGACGCGGUUCCCAGGGGCGAGGUAGGCAGGCGGACGCCUACCAGGCCGCUCUCGUUCGCCUUGGACCCGGCGGGGGACGAUGGCGGGGGCGGCGGCGGCGACAUGGAGGGCAUCGACCCGAGCGACCCGCCCAUGCUGACCAGCACCGUCGUCGCGCCCCGGGCGGAGGACCUGCGCGAGGCCAGGAGGGCGACGGCGAGGCUCGAGAAGGUGGCCAGGGGGUUCCAGGCCGAAUGGGUUUCCACGGGCCGUCGGUGA